CGGCGCGCCCCCACCCCCGCGGCGCCGCUGCAGCCCCCGCGCCCAUAUAGGCUCCGCCGCCGCGAUCCCCGCGCCGCUGCUGCCGCCUCUUCCAGGCAUGGCACAGGGCUCUACCUCACUAUGGCAGCAGCGCGGCACAGCACCCUGGACUUCCUGCUUAGCGCCACAGCUGAUUGCAAUGCCGUUCUUAAAGCUCUACAGCCCAUUUUUCAGGAGCAGGGAAUGACAGAAACAGUUCAUAACUGGGAAGACCAUGGUUAUUUAGCAACAUACAUCAAAAAAAAUGGCAGUUUCGCCAAUUUGAGAAUUCACCCUCAUGGAUUAGUGUUGGUGGAUCUGCAGAGCUACAACGAUCAGCUGAAAGGAAGAGAGGAAGUCGAACAGCUUCUAAAUAAAGUAGAAGAAAAAAUGAAAGAAUCAUUUCAUGGUAGUAUAAAAAGGGUGAAAAGAUUGCCAGCCAUUUUGAGAGGAGGUGUCAUUGAUAGAUACUGGCCCACAGCUGAUGGGCGCCUGGUGGAGUACGACAUAGAUGAAGUUGUCUAUGAUGAAGAUUCACCUUUUCAGAAUAUUAAAAUUCUGCAUUCAAAACAGUUUGGGAAUAUUCUUAUCCUCAGUGGUGAUGUUAAUCUGGCAGAGAGUGACCUGGCAUAUACUCAAGCCAUAAUGGGCAGUGGAAAGGAAGACUACACUGGGAAAGAAGUGCUGAUCCUAGGAGGUGGUGACGGAGGUAUACUAUACGAGAUAGUCAAACUGAAACCAAAGAUGGUUACUAUGGUAGAGAUUGACCAAAUGGUGAUCGACGGGUGUAAAAAAUACAUGCGUAAAACAUGCGGAGAUGUCUUAGACAAUCUGAAAGGAGAGUGCUAUCAGGUUCUAAUUGAAGACUGCAUUCCUGUACUGAAGAGGUAUGCCAAAGAAGGAAGGAUGUUUGAUUACGUAAUUAAUGAUCUGACAGCUGUUCCCAUCUCCACAUCUCCAGAAGAAGAUUCCACAUGGGAAUUUCUGCGGUUGAUUCUCGACCUCUCAAUGAAAGUCCUGAAACAAGAUGGAAAAUACUUCACACAGGGAAAUUGUAUCAAUCUGACCGAUGCCUUGACUCUGUAUGAAGAACAGCUUAGCAGGCUUUACUGUCCUGUGGAGUUCUCAAAAGAAACUGUGUGUGUUCCCUCCUACAUGGAAUUAUGGGUAUUCUACACUAUUUGGAAGAAACAGACUGACAUCUGAACAUCGAGAUUAUUUGAGAUUAUCAUAAAUGUACAUGCUGCAUGGAGCAUAUAGGCCUGCUGCGUGCUGCAUAUUGGCAUCUUGAACCUUUAAAUUAUAUGCUGUAGAUGAUCCUGAAACUUAGUCAUGCUAUUGAUUGUGAAUUCUUUAAAUGUUUUUUAUUAUUAUUUUAAUUUAAAAGCAAAUGGAAAAUGUAUAUUUUGAUGAGCUAGGGUGUUAUUUUUGAAAGUCAACUUAAAGAGGAAUAAGCAGCAAAACUAUAUAGCUGCUGAAUGCACUGAACCUUUAGAAUGUGAUCCUUUUUAUUUUUUUGUAGAUCUUCACAAACUGAUU